UCUGCGAUUCGCUCUCGCCGGCUUCGGAGCGGGCGUCUGUGCGCGCCGUCGCCGCCAGCGGCUCUCUCGCUGCGCCUCUCCCCGCGCGCAAAGAGCCCUGCGCCGCCGCCGCCACCAUGCGCGCCUUCGGGGCUUGCCUCCUCCUCCUCCUGCUGGCGGCGCUGCCCGCUUGCCCGGCCCGGCGCCCCCGGACCGUCUACACCAACCACUGGGCUGUGCGGGUGCUGGGGGGCCCCGACGAAGCGCAUCGGCUGGCCUCCGCUUACGGCUACCUGAACCUCGGACAGAUUGGCAGCCUGGAAGACUAUUACCACUUUCACCACAGCAAGACGAUUAAAAGGUCAACGUUCAGCAGCAGAGGCCCACACAACUUCCUCAGAAUGGAUCCAAAGGUAAGGUGGCUGCAACAACAGGAAGUUAAACGAAGAGUCAAAAGACGCGUUCGGCGUGACCACCAUUUUGUUUCCUUCAAUGACCCGCUCUGGCCUGAAAUGUGGUACAUGCACUGUGAAGACAACAACAGCGACUGUAGGUCAGAAAUGAACGUCCUAGCAGCCUGGCAGAGAGGAUAUACUGGCAAAGAUGUUGUGGUGACCAUUCUCGACGAUGGCAUAGAGAAGCACCACCCUGAUCUUGUGCAGAACUAUGACCCUCGUGCAAGCUAUGAUGUCAAUGGGGAUGACGAAGACCCAACUCCGCGCUAUGAUGCCAGCAAUGAAAACAAGCAUGGCACCCGUUGUGCCGGGGAAGUGGCAGCGUCCGCAAACAACUCCAACUGCAUAGUGGGAAUUGCAUACAAUGCAAGAAUUGGAGGUAAGGAAGACGUUUCUGCAAUCAGUGGUCUGCAAUCAGCUUUUCUGGAGGGUUGAUUUGAGAAAGUAGCACUGAGUGUUGGCCCUCAUCACACCUCUCCGAGGGCUUCUGGCUAACCCCCUGGCUAACAAAUAUUCCUCAUCCACAAGUCUCUUUUUUGCCUCUAAAUCUGGCAUUUGGGGGUGGGUCCUAAAUUUUUACCUAAGAGACACAAUUCUCUAAGCUCUGCUAUAAAUCCUCCAUGGCUUUUUCUAAACCACCCUGGAAGUUUUGCUGGAGGGCAGUAUAUACAGCUUCCCAAUAAAUGAACAUAGAACAAUACCCACAAUUUUAGUUUCUAACGGUUAAGUCCUCCUCUGCCCGCACCCUAAAGUCCUGAAGUAACCCCACAGCUUUCCUCAUGCUGUAAAAUCCCUUAUUAGGGCAUUUUUGUUCUUUUCCUGUGUAAGAAUCGUGUGCUGUUUUGGUCCCUUUCUUGUGCAUUUUAAGUUUCGUAAAGAUGUCCCUGGUGUGUUAGGGCUUGCCACACGUAUUUGUUUCCACAGCAAUUCCCCCUAAAACAAGGCAUUUCUGUGUGCUGUUUUCACCAACAUGCGCGUUUUUAUGGACACUACCUGUAUAUUUAUUUUUGCACACAUC